UCUCCGGGAUCUGUGCACGAACGGUUGUGUCGAACGCGAUGGGGGAUCCACCCUGGGUACCGUCGUAUUUUAAAAUAAUAAAUACAAGCAAUGGAUACAUUUCUGGAUUUGUCCAGACUCAAAAAGAAUUGGAGAGUCUGCUGGAGGUCCACUCAAGGGCCACACUGACAUCGUUUGUCAAAUGGUCUGAACACAUAAAAGAUGGCACCAAAGAGAGGCAUCUAUGGCAGGUGGAGGAUUUCAAUGAAGACACCCCUCUAUGUGUAAAGAAAAGAAUGGUCCUUGCUUGUCAGCAUGGCAAAGCUCGACAGAAAAAAGAAAAGGAGAAACGUUCAGCAGAGCAUGUAUACACAAAAAAACGUUUUCAUGUCCAAAAUGGGAAGAAGUUGGACUGCCCAGCUAAACUUUUCAUUCGGCAUGUGCUGAGAUAUGACUCAUUCAGUGUGAGAGGGGAUGCCACAAAAUCCCAUAAAGAAGACACUAUGAGAAAUCUUAAGAUAGCACUUCAAAACUCAGAAAACCCACCAACCUCUACAUUCAUUCAUCUAAAAAUUCCUCUAUUGGAAGUUCACAAUCAUACAAUUGGAGCAGGAUCCUGUUUUUCAAGACCGAUUCAUCCAAAAAUAAAAAAUCAAAUUCAGGUGAUGGUCGGACAAGGGAUAACUAAUAUAGCUUUCGUGAAGAGAGCCUUGAAGCAGUAUGUGCUAAAUGACUUGUGUGGAGAGGAUCUCCAGCGGCCGCACAACAACGAUGAAGCAUAUUUUCCAUCGAACACAACUAUCCAGAAUCACAUUCACAUGGCAUUAGUGGCUGGUCGUUACUCUGCGCUGGAUCAGGAGAAUCUUGCAAAGAAAGUGGCAGAAUGGAAGGUUGAAGAUGAGGGCAAUCGUUUCUUCUUUAGGAAAUGCACAAAUGGAGGAGAUGAAGAUCUAGAGCAUCAGUUUCUUUUCAUACAUCAGCACCACAAACAAAUACGGCUCCUGCAGCGAUAUGGGGAAAUGGUUCUUUUGAAUGCCACAUACAAAACCUCAAAAUAUUCCAUGCCAUUGUUUUUUUUGGUUGUUCGAACCAAUGUUGGCUACAAACCUGUAGCAGAGUUUGUAUGUGAGAGUGAAACUACAAAGUCCAUUGCAGAAGCACUGGACAUCUUGAAGACAUGGAAUCCUCAGUGGACUCCAAAGUACUUCAUGACAGAUUACAGUGAGCAAGAGAUCCAGGCCCUCGCCCAAGUGUUCCCCACUGCAGUAACACACCUAUGUGCAUUCCACAGAGAGCAGGCCUGGCUCCGCUGGACUAAAGAUGGUGAGAUCUAGUAACGUGCAGAGAUUGUAUUGGAAUCUUGUGU